AAACUAUUGGAAUAAUUUUAAAAAAAUACAGCCAAUGGUGGGGGGUUCAAACCCCAUGAACCUCCCGUGAGUAUGCCACUGCAUGCCACUAAUCAUUAACUGUCAAUCACAUAUUGGAGGAGUGUACACAAUAUAUCUCAAUACAGACCGACCUGAACAUACCAUACAUCAUGUUCAAAGUACUUAGCAAAAACCAACUCUGAAAAUCGUCACAUUCUUAAAUUUCACUGAUUCAAUAUGCAAACCGAUCAACAAAUAAGAAAAAGAUUGCGAGAUGAGUUUAAUGAUAUUGAAACCAAACACAUGUGGAACAUUACAUUCAGGUUUGUUGAAUCAGAAAGUUCAAAAAUUAAGAAAACAUCAGAUGAAGCAAAAAAGCCUCAGAAUAAGGGGUUUAAUCGAUAUCAAGAUGUUUCUCCUUAUGAUGAUACUAGAAUUAUUCUUAAAAGAGGAAAUGUUUCUUAUAUAAAUGCUAAUCUUGUACAAAUCUGCAACUGUGAAAGACAGUAUAUUUUAACUCAAGGACCAUUGGAAAAUACUACUUCACAUUUUUGGGUUAUGGUUUGGGAACAAAAUACCAAAGCUAUUGUAAUGUUAAACAAAGUUAUUGAAAAGAAAAAACUUAAAUGUCAUCAAUAUUGGCCUAAGAAAAGGAAGGAUAAUGAUAAAUUUAUCUGGAAUGAUGUUAGUUUAUCUGUUGAAUUUAUAUCUAAAAUCAAUCAUGGAUUUUAUGCACAGAGUGUAUUGAAACUCAACGAUUUACAUUCAGGAGAAUCUCGUGAGAUUUAUCAUUUCCAUUAUACCGAUUGGCCAGACUUUGGUGUGCCUAAAACUCCUACACCUUUUUUACGAUUUCUAAGGGACGUUAGACGUAGUGGUGCUCUUGAUCCAUCUCAUGGUCCAUCUAUCAUUCAUUGUUCUGCUGGAAUAGGACGCUCAGGAACAUUUUGUUUAAUAGAUAUUUGUCUUAUAAAAAUGAACACACCGGAAGGUUUAAACUAUGUUCACAUACGUACAUUAUUAGCUGAAAUGAGAAAAUGUCGUGUAGGACUUGUUCAGACUUCAGAACAGUUAAGAUUUGUUUAUCAAAGUGUAAUUGAAGCUCUUGAUACAGAUUGGGAAGCUGAUAAUGAGGAUGAUUUACCUAAUUUAGAUGGCACAUUAUUAAAUAAUGCAAGUGGUUCUGAUUGUGGAAGCAGUGAUAGUGAACUCAGUAAUGAGGCACCUCCUUUACCACCCCCUCGUAUGGAAUCAUUAAGGCCACAAGAUGAAGAUGAUUCUGUGGAUGAAGAAUCAUCAGUAUCAGAAUCUGAUAGUGAUGAAAAUGAAUCAACUCCACCUCCAUUACCACCUCCUAGAGAUCUCGACUUAACCAACUUUGAUGAGCAUAAGGAUACACCAAAUACCAAAGAAGAGCGUAAUAAAAAUAAAGUUGAAGGAGAGGCAGAAAAAACCAAAUUUUUGGCUGACAAAAUAAAAACUAUUAAAAGAAAACAAAAAGAGCAAGAAGAGUGGGAACAAAUCAAAAGGUCGUGGUUUUAUCCAUUGAGAAAUAUAGGAAUUGGAGUUCUAGCUCUUAGUGGUGGUGUUAUGAUUGUUGCUUAUUUGAUGAAUUAUAGAAAAUAACAUUUUGAUUAUAUUAUUUAAACUCGGCUUUACAGUUUACAAGUGCAUUAAUAGAUAUACACAUUGUUUAUUUAAAUUUUAACAUUAAAAAGAGUAGUAUUGCCAACAAUCAAAUAUUUAUCAAAGUACUGUAUACCAUUACUAUUUGAAUAAUUAAGACUGAAAUAUCCAUUAUAACAAACACACAAUAAUAAAGCCAAAUCAUACUUUCAAUUCUACACUAAUCUUAAUCUGUUUUAUAUUUUAAUUAAUUAAAAUAAAAUAUGGGAUUUAUUUUGCUAUAAAACAAAUUAAAAUUAUUUUUGUAGAUUGUAUAUGUCGAGCUUUAUA